AUGGGGAAAGAACCUGUUAGAGUUUUAGUUACUGGUGCUGCUGGGCAAAUCGGGUAUGCUUUAGUGCCUAUGAUUGCUAGGGGAGUAAUGUUAGGCUCCGAUCAACCCAUAAUUCUUCAUAUGCUCGAUAUCGAACCGGCCACCGAGGCCUUAAACGGUGUCAAAAUGGAAUUAGUUGAUGCUGCAUUUCCUCUUCUCAUGGAUGUCAUUGCUACCACCGACGCCAUGGUCGCUUGUAAAGGUGUGAACAUAGCUGUGAUGGUUGGCGGAUUCCCACGAAAAGAAGGUAUGGAAAGGAAAGACGUGAUGUCAAAAAACGUAUCGAUUUACAAGGCUCAAGCUUCGGCAUUGGAGAAACAAGCCGCACCGGAUUGUAAGGUGUUGGUGGUCGCUAAUCCAGCGAACACCAAUGCCCUUAUCUUGAAAGAAUUCGCGCCAUCAAUCCCGGAGAAAAACAUCACGUGUCUCACUCGACUCGACCAUAACAGAGCGCUUGGACAACUCUCCGAGAGGCUAAAGAUCCAUGUUGGUCAAGUGAAGAACGUGAUCAUAUGGGGUAACCACUCCUCCACUCAAUACCCGGAUGUGAACCAUGCCACUGUCACGCCCACAAACAGUGAAGAGAAGCCUGUUAGAAGUGUCGUAGCGGACGAUAAUUGGUUGAACACCGAGUUCGUUACCACGGUGCAACAACGCGGUGCCGCCAUUAUCAAAGCUCGAAAGCUAUCAAGUGCAUUGUCCGCCGCAAGUGCUGCUUGUGAUCAUAUUCGUGAUUGGGUUCUUGGGACUCCCAAGGGAACAUGGGUGUCCAUGGGAGUGUAUUCUGAUGGAUCAUAUGGAAUUCAAUCUGGCAUUAUCUACUCAUUCCCAGUUACAUGUGAUAAAGGACAAUGGUCAAUUUUUCAGGGGCUGAAGAUAGACGAUUUCUCGAGAGAAAAGAUGGAUGCAACAGCGAAAGAGCUUGUGGAGGAGAAAACAUUGGCUUAUUCUUGUCUUAAUUGA